GCGCAAAAACUCCCUUGGCCAGGCACCGAAUCAAGGCAGAGACCCGGGAUCCCAGUUCGCGAUGUAUCUUACAACCUACUCAAAACAUGAAACCCCCAAGUCACCCCUCUGCUAUCACCAUUCCCGCAUGACCUAGUCAGUGGCGAGCCAUCAGUUGAAAUUGAAAGUACCCGUCGUGAACCUCUGUCAACCAAUUCAUGACAAAAUGAAACACCAACAUAGACCUACAACAUAUAGCAAGUGAGAAUCGCUAAAUCGGUAGGAAUAGAGGCUACCUCUCUUUUGCACAGCAAUCCAGGUCAGCCCCUUUUUUGCACAAUAAUCUAGGAGGCAAGAGACUGCUUUUAUAUCCCCCAUAACAUCACUUAUCAGUUCGUAGCAGCACUGCUGGUAGGCUAUAGUUUUGUUCCGGAUUCCGAUUAUCCCUGGAACUAUAUAACAUGAUCAAGAGCGUUGGAGUUCCGUCGAAUUCAGCAAUUUGGGUCACAACUCCCCACGGCGCGAUCCAUUUCUUCCAUGUAUCUAUAUUUUGCUGUCUCAUUCCUCACAAAAACAAAUCCUACGACACUGUUGCCUUCUCUAACAUCCGCCGCGCUUCCGUUGUGUCUGAACCCCGCCACAAUUCCAGCCUAAUUAAAUCUGAGGAACCGGGUGACGACGAAUAUGAGGGGAAAGUUGUUAGGAAUGGUUCUUAUUAUACAGAAGACAUUGCUUUAAAGAUAGAAGACUUGAGUACAAGAGGAUUACCUCUUCAAGCCGAACGACUUGCAUUUGGUAUGAGAUCUGAAGGCUAUAUACCUGACGUUUCAACCCUAUCUGCCUUGAUGUUGUGCUAUGCCAUAAACGGUCUAGUAAGUAAAUCGCUUGCAGUUUGGGAUGAAAUAGUAAACAGUUCUUUUGUGAUGGAUGUUCAAGUAGUUACAAAACUAAUUGAUGUCUACGGUCGUAUGGGACAUUUUGAUAUUGUUGUAAAAAUUCUUCGUCAAAUAAAAAUAAAAGACCCUACCAAGCUUUCACAUGUUUAUCCAUUGGUUAUAUCUUGUUUUGGAAAAAGAGGUCAACUUCAACAGAUGGAAGUUAUGCUAAAGGAGAUGGUUUCCAUGGGAUACUCUGUAGAUUCUGCUAUGGGAAAUGCUUAUGUCAUAUACUAUAGCCGGUUUGGCUCACUUUCCGAGAUGGAAUGUGCCUAUGGACGCCUCAAGAGGACGAGAAUUCUCAUAGAGGAAGAAGCAAUUAGGUCAAUCUCUAGUGCUUACAUCAAAGAGGAGAAAUUUUACCAACUAGGGGAGUUCAUCAGGGAUGUGGGCCUUGGUAGGAGGAAUGUAGGGAAUCUUCUUUGGAAUCUUUUGUUAUUAUCUUAUGCUGCCUGCUUCAAAAUGAAAAGCUUGCAGAGAGAAUUUGUGAAAAUGACAGAAAGUGGAUUUCGUCCCGAUCUUACUACGUUCAACAUUAGGUUAUCCGCUUUCUCAAAAAUGUCCUUAUUCUGGGAUCUUCAUGUGAGCAUUGACCAUAUGAAGCACGAAAAUGUGGUUCCCGAUAUUGUUACUUAUGGAUCCAUCAUCGAUGCUUACUUGGAGAGAAGACUAGGAAGGAAUUUGGAUUUUUCUUUGGGCAAAAUGAAUGUGAAUGAUCAUGUUUCUGUGCUAACAGAUGCACUCAUGUUUGAGGCUUUAGGGAAAGGGGAUUUCCAUUUGAGUUCAGAGGCCUUCAUGGAGUACAGCAGGAAAAGGUGGACUUAUAAACAACUUAUAAGAACUUACCUGAGGAAAAUAUCCCGGCAUGAUCAAAUAUUUUGGAAUUACUAACAAUGAGAAAAGCACAUUUUAUCAAGUUUCUUCGGGAGAAUCAGCCUCACAUGUUUAGUGGUCAAAAUUUUGGAAACAAACUGUUUCUGCUAUCAAAUGGAGUUUAUCUUGUGCAAUACAGUGUCAUUCACCAGAGAAAUUUUCCACAGUGCAAGUACUAGAAACGCUGUCAAGUGUCAACCCUGUGGAUUUAAAUAGCGGUCCGCUACCGCUAUAGCGACCGCUAUAUAGCGGUUGUGGUAGGCUCUGAUACUGCUACACCCCGCUAUAGCGGUGUGAAUUCCAAUUGCACUGAAAUCCGCUAGGAAACCGCUAUAGAACCGCUACGCCGCUGCUACACGCUGCUCGGACGCAACAAGGCCGCCACUGACCCCAACGGUGUACUCCAGUCCCAAAUGCGUGAAUUAAACGUGCAUGCAGUCAACCUGACUCCAACGAUGUACUCCGGUCUCAAAUGCAUGAAUUAAACGUGGAUGCAGUCAACUAUACUUAAUUGGAUGGAGAGUGAUGUGUAAAUGUUGUUUGGUUUGCUCUAAAUCAACUUGCUAGCUACUUGGCUAUUAUUAUGGAGUAUGGGACCAAACUCUUUUAAAAAUAAGUACAUGCCGUCAUAUUCUUAUUGGUUGGUUCGUUGUUCACAUAUAAGUGUUUAAGGAAGUAUUCACAAUGUUUCUAUUAGUUUUAGGAGAACUUUUCGGUGCAGUUACAUGGUAGAUGGUUGUGGUGCAUUAUACAUAUGGCAGCAUCACAUUGGAUAGAUAUUUUAAGUAAGCCAUUCCAAUAAAAUGACUUCAUAAUUGCAAACUAAUCCUCAGAUCUGUAAAAAUGAAAUUAAAAUGACAUGCCUCUUUCACGUUUCCCUCUUUCCCACUUCUAUCUCUUUGCAUCAAUCCAAUCCUCUCCACCAUCAACAGGUCGAUCGCUGCAUCCACUUUGUGAAGACAUCGCCUAAGCUCUCUUUUCUUUCAUGAUUUUAUGAGAUGCCCUCAAAUUCUUCCCUAAUCGUUGUUCCAAUAAUUUGAUUUAUUUUUUACUAAUUAUUGAACUUGACAAAGAGAUAUCAAGCUCCUUAAUCUUCCGGAAAAAGACGAAUGUUUCUUUAAGCUUUAGCUCUGUUUUAGCUCAUCAAGAUUUGUGGACAUGAAUACCAUAAAGAGCCUUUGAACUUCAAUAUUUGUUUGAUUUUAGGCACAUUUUAGCUUAAAUGUAGCUUCUGUUUGAUUUUAGGUGCUUAAAUUUUAGAACCUCACUGUGUAACUAUGUGUUUACUAAAUUAAACUACAAUUAGAAUCACUAAUUAGAUAUUCAUAACAUGUUUUUUCUUUCAAAUUUGGACUUUUAUUUUCAUCUUUAGCAUUUCAUUUUUGCAUAUUUUUCUGCACUUCAUAGAUGCUUUAUUCCUACAAGUAUUCUUUUUUCUUCCAUUUUAUUCACAUAUUGUAUCUGCAUCCAUGGUAGAUAAUUUCUUCAUAUUUGGGCUGCUUUUUUGCAUUUUAGGCAGAUCCUUAAUUGAAAUAGGUAGACUGAACAUCAUCAUCAUCAUCAUUUACCCCAAUGCCACAAAGGCUCCCACCUACGGUGGGGUAAGGGGGGGUCGGAUGUACGCAGUCUUACCCCUGUCCUAAAGCACAGAGAGAUUGUUUCCGGAUGACCCAUUGUGAAAAUCACGUUCAAAAUUGCAUGGACUGACGGCUGCUUCAUAACAAAGAAGCACAGACAGUUUAGUGAGCCAUUUUGCUUUAUUCCAUCAUAUUCUCAAGCCAAAAAAUAGUGAAUCUUUGGCUCCAUUGCAAAUGAUGGAAAAUCUUAGGCAAUGUGCGGAAUGAUUACCUUCCCUGAAGACAUUUUAGGCAGAUAUUUCUGCAGUUUUUUGUUCUUUCCAUAGCGGUUUUUUUUGUUCAGAAUGUUAUUGUCCCAUAUUUGUUCUGUUUUUCAUAGCAUUGUUUCAUUCUAUCUGUAGCAGUUAAAGACAUGUUUUUUCUAGAAAAAUCAGCAGGUUAUUGCCGGAGUUUUUCCCUAAAAAAGCUGCAGGUUAUGGUCUGAAAAUCACUCAAGCUUUUAUGGCUAACAAGUAAGAGAGUAUAAAUGUACAAUAUCAUUCAAAAGAUAAUUAUUCUGUAUCACCUAGUGCUACACUCAGAAUGUUUAGGUUUUUAAGCAUUUUGUAAAGGUGUCUUUUAACAAUACACAAAAUAUUUGGGGAGUGGAACUCUAAUGAAGAAAAUAUAGAAAUUAUUGAGCUAAAGAAAAUAGGAAACUGAAAAAGAUGAGGACUUGCUGAGAGAUGGAUCUGGAGCUUGAGUUCUAACCUUAUCUAUGAAAUGUUAUUCAAUAGAAAGUUAUUCCUUAAUUUAUAAACAACUUGGUGUGUUAACAUUUCCUUAAUGAUGCAUGCUUUUUCCUCAUCUUUGUUACUUUCAGGAUUAUAGUUAUGUCCUUGUCCCUAGUUUGGUGGGAAGACUAUGGAGAGAAAGGAAGAGGUAGUAAAUGGAGGAGCAAUGGGCUCUUCAAUUGUGCUAUGACACAAUCGGCAUGUGAGAUAAUCCGUGUAAACCAUUUAUUGAGAGAAAUUAGAUUGAAUACACCAAUGUACUAUGGUGUGAUAACCAAGCUGCCAUACACAUUGCCAAUAAUCAAGUGUUUCAUGAGAGAACAAAACAUAUUGAGGUCGAUUGUCACUUUGUUCGAGAGAAGAUACAAAAAGGAUUGAUCUUUACAGGAUAUGUGAAGACUGGAGAGCAACUUGGAGAUUUGUUCACUAAAGCACUUAAUGGAAUUCGUGUUGGUUAUUUAUGUAACAAGUUGUGCAUGAUAAAUGUCUAUGCUCCAACUUGACGGUGAGUGUGAAAGAUAUGCUUUGGAAUAUUCUUCUAUCUUUACAAUAUGCUUUAGAAUAUUUUAGGAAUAUACUCUAGAAUAUUAUUAUUGUAUAGAAUCUUAUAGAAAUAUUCUAUAUUUGUAAUGUAUAUAUAGGGACUUAACCCUCCAAUGAAAUAUACAGAAAAUCCUUUCUUCUCCAAUAUUAUU